AUGACUUUCCACCAAUAUGACUACCUCCUGGCCGUCGGAACCAUCUUCGCCUUCCUAGACGCCUGGAACAUUGGUGCCAACGAUGUCGCCAAUUCAUGGGCUAGUUCCGUCUCCUCCCGCUCCGUCACCUACCUUCAGGCCAUGUUAGGUGCCUCACUCAUGGAAUUUACUGGAGCACUCGGUGUCGGUGGCCGUGUAGCUGACACCAUCCGAACCAAAGUCGUCGACGUCAAGGCCUUUGAAUCUUCACCCGCCCUUCUCAUGCUCGGUAUGGUCUGCGCCGUCACCGCAUCCUCUCUCUACCUCACCAUGGCGACCAGAUUUGGUAUGCCCGUCUCUACUACGCACUCCAUUCUCGGGGGCGUCCUCGGUAUGGGCAUCGGCGCACUCGGUAACAAGGGUAUCACAUGGGUUGGUUAUACCAAGAGCGGUUCCCUUGAUCUAAAGCAGGGUGUUGUACAGGUUUUCCUUGCCUGGAUUAUUGCUCCCAUUCUUUCCGGUGUUUUCGGAGCCAUCAUCUUUCUCCUCACUAAAUAUGGUGUCCUCCUCCGCUCCAAUCCUGCCGCCAAGGGUCUCUUCCUCGUGCCCAUCUAUUUUUGGCUUACUUCCUCCCUCAUUGUCAUGCUGCUGAUCUGGAAAGGCGGCGACUAUACGGUUGCCCUGACCGAGGCUCAGAUCCCUGGUGUCAUUGUCGGUGUCGGUGCUGGUUUCGCACUUCUCAUCACCCUCUUUCUUGUGCCCUGGAUGUAUCGUGUCGUCAUCAAGGAAGACUGGCAGCUCAAGGCCUACCACAUUUUCCAGGGCCCUUUGCUGCUCCGCCGUGGCGAGGUUCCCCCUCCUCCGGAAAACUUUACCGGCAUCGUGCGCAACUACUACGAGGGCCACAUGACCCGCGAGGAGCUUGAUGCGCGCCGCAACCGCGAAGCCGCGGUAGUCACUGGUGAUGUUGAGGGCCAGCACGAUCAGGAAAAGACGGCCGUCUCGGACAUCUCGACGGAAGAGUUGCCCAAGUCUACCCACAAGUCUCUCAUCGGCCCCAAGCCCGAUGGCGCCUGGUACACUCCCUCUGUCGCUUUCUGGUGGCUCAAGUGGGCUGUCCUCCGCGGCGUUGACCAGGAUAUUGUCGGCUCUCAGAGUGAAAAGUCCGUCAUUGCCGGUGAUGUCGAAGAGAUCCACGCCCGCGCCCGCCACUUUGACAACAAGGCCGAGUUUCUCUACACCUUCCUCCAGGUCAUGACUGCUGCCGCUGCUUCCUUUACCCAUGGCGCCAACGAUGUGGCCAACGCUGUCGGCCCUUAUGCCUCCAUCUACCAGAUAUGGAAGACCGAGGUCGUUCCACUCAAGGCUGACGUUCCCCGCUGGAUUCUCGCCUUUGGUGGUGCCGGUAUCUGCAUUGGUCUGUGGACCUAUGGCUACCACAUUAUGCGCAACCUCGGUAACCGCGUCACGCUCAUGUCACCCUCGCGUGGUUUCUCCAUGGAGCUCGGAUCAGUCAUAACCGUCAUCAUGGCCACUCGUCUCGAGCUUCCCGUUUCUACUACACAAUGCAUCACGGGCGCUAUUGUCGGUGUCGGCCUCUGCAACGGUGACUGGCGCGCCAUUAACUGGCGCAUGGUUUCCUGGAUUUACCUCGGUUGGUUCAUUACCGUGCCCGUGACGGGUCUUAUUUCUGGUAUCCUCAUGGGUUUCAUCACCUUUUCUCCCCACUGGUAA